AUGCAGAUGAUUGCUGAUCAGAAUCCAUUUGGGGUGUCUCUUACUGCAGUUAAGGCCUCUGCAAAAUAUUUACCCUACAUGGACAACUUGAAAGCUAAGUACAACAAAAACCCACUCAGGGGAGACAUAUACAACCUGAGCGAGCUGAAGAUAAUCCUCGAUGAUGUCAUUCGUGACUUCAUGGAAAAAGUUAGGAAUUCAAGACAAUCUAAGGCUUCCACAGAUAUUAAAAUAGUGAUAGGGUUGAUCUCAACAGCAAUCGCCUCAGUAGUUGCAUACCUUUCUGUUACAUCGGAGUUUGAAUAUCACAGACGUAUCAUAGCUGUGUUAACCCUGCUUUAUUUCAUAAUCAACAUUCUUGGAGAGGUCUACUUCCGAUAUAUAGGCUUUUCCAUGGUAUUUGAGGACAGAGUUGUUUCCACAAACAUCAGUGCACCAGACCCUACAUAUGUAAUAUUGGUCUAUAACAAAAACAAACUCAUCCCAAGCAAGUAUACAAAAUCUGUGUUUGAUUUGUUCGAUUCUAAUGGAAGGCUUGUCCACGAAGAGUUUCUUGACGAUCUCCAAGCUCUUUUUGAAAAGUAA